AUGUCGUCGUGGUUCAAUAUGGAGUCCUUGAAGGACCUGACGGACAAGGUGCAGCAAUCGAUGGAACAAGUGCAGCAUUCGAUUCCGGCAAAUUUAGGCUCUAUGAAAUUAGACCGUGAGAUGCUCGGGAAACUGACGCUGACUUCUCCAGAGCUUACGGCGGAGCGUCAACGCAUUGACGCUGAAGAGCGCCGCAAAGAGUCUGCACGAGAUACCUUGGCGGGGAUGUUGCCUUGGGAAACGCGUGAUCCAGAACGUGAUAUUCUUGUCGAAGAAUGCAAGGAAGGAAUAUUGAAACUGAGCAGUGACAAGGACACUUUCUUUGGUCCUUACGCAAUGCCCCAAAAGGGUGUCAAUUUGGAAAAGAAUCAGACCAAGGAUGAGGAUGGGAAUGGAGAGGAAGGCGACGGUGCGGGAGACACUGGUGAAGAGGAAGAGCAGCUCGGUGAAAUGACCCCUCCGCCCGAUUCGCUGGAAAAGCUACAAAAGUUGGAGCCGCUGCCGCCGCUUUUGGGAAAUUUUGAUCUAGAUUCGCACGUGGGUCUCAUCGAGAAGGUUUUAAAGGAAGAUCCCGAACUCGUCCAAAUGCAAUCCAAACUUUCCGGUGGAGGGGAACGUGAAAAGGUGUUUUGGCGCAACUAUUUUUUCCACUGUGCGUACACUCGAUACGAGGCGGGUCUUAGUAUUGAAGAAAUCUGGUCGGACCAGCCUCCCAUGGUUGAGAGUACAGAAGCGUCGGUUGAGGAAGUUGAGGAAUCCACAGAGGAAGAGACUAUUACUUUUGUCAAUGAUGCGGAGGAGGACGGUCCGGAUGCGCAACCCGCCACCACCAAGGCGUUCGCUACGGACCCAUCGGCCUCUACACAUGCUCGCAACGAAGGAGAGAAGGACACGAACAGCGGGGGAGCGUUAGAGGGUGGCGACUUUGAGAUGGUAGGAGACUCUGGCGGAGACAGUGAUGAAGUACUCGAUGCGGCCGAUUAUGAGCUGGAUGAGCUGGAAGCCGAGAUUGCUCGUUUCGUAAGACGUGAUCUGGUCGCCAAGAUCGUGCACACGUCGCGGACGGCAAAUCUCCGGGCCGUGCGGGUGCUGUCGACUUCGGCGUCGAACGUGCAUCGUGAGGAACCGACGGUGUCGUCGUCGACGUUUCGAGCGGCCUGGCUCGCCGCCGGUGCCAGUCUUAUGGGUGCCGGAACCGUCGCCUUGGCUCUCUGUGACGCCUCGCCAACACCGGCUGCCGAAGAUACGACCCAACACGUCGUGAAGAACGUCCAGGAACCCGUGACUUCCUACGCCAAGGUCGCUCGUACGCGGGAAAGGGCAGAAGGUGAGUCGGAAACUCUCGCUGCCGUUCAAGCCACCAGUGCUUCUACGGAAGUGGACACGGACGCGACCUCGAAG